UCCAGGCCGCAAGAACUGUCGCCCGAUGUCAACGCGUUACCAUCGGAGUCGUAUGCAACAACCACGAUGACGUCGAUUACACCAGGUAAUAGACUCAGCUGCGAUGACAUAAGUCCGCCUACCCGCCCACAUCGAGACCAUUCGUGCCAGAACUGAGCACGCGGAAAAGACUGUUCGAGAGAAACAAAUGGAGCAGGCUUCAGGCAUAUCAAAAGUUUCAGAGAAACCACCGGAACAGGCGGGAAUCUCGAAAGAAACUGUCCCAGACAAGCCAAUGGAUCAAGGCCCAGAAGUCACAAAAGUUACGGAAACCAUGUCUCCUUCGGGCGUUCAGACAACAACGGAUAUCCACGCCGGAGCAGCUUACGCGAACAAGGGCACAAUGACAUCAUUCUCUGACUCGGAACUUCUGCGGAAUGUGGUGUCCCAUAAGAAUGCUCCCAUGCAUUUUCCUAUCGAUGCACCGGUAAAGACGUCGAGCGCAGGACUUCCGGAAAGCAUGAGGGUCACUGUGGAGUGGAGGAAUCUCACCUGCACGCUACCACUCAAUAAAAGUUUAUUCCAGAGGAUGGAUGAUAGCACAGCCAAGCCACCACGGAGAAGAACAGCGCUAAGAAGCAUGACAGGUUGCGCUAGGCCGGGAGAUCUAAUUGCGAUACUAGGACCUCCGAAUAGCGGAAAAUCUACCCUUAUCAAGGUUCUGAGCGGAUUUUGCAGACAAGGCUACACAGGUGACGUUCUCGUUAAUGGCACAGUGAUCAAUGCCGACGAUAUUGGUCGGCGCAGCUCCUGGGUUGCAGAGACAGACAUGCACAUGGACUGCUUCACGGUCAAGGAGACGUUGUGGAUUGCUGCAGAACUCAAGUACCCCACCAUCACGGAAAGAAAAGAAAAGUUCAAAGCGGUGGUGAAUGUGAUGGAAAGAUGGGGACUCAUGGACAUUCGAAGGGUAUCGGUUGAGCGUGUAAACAAGACACAUCGCCGUCUGCUCACAUGUGCCGAACAAUUCAUAAAUCCUCAGCCUAUCAUAUUCGCCGACGACCCGACAAGGUAUUUGGACUCGUCGCAGGCACGUUCGUGUUUUGGAAACCUCAAGUACCUCGCAUACAGAGGGCACACCGUCAUAGCAGCCAUCUCUAAUCCCAAUUUGGGCAUGCUAAAAUACGUUACUAAGGUCUACGUAUUAGCCGAAGGAAGGGUUGUAUAUCAAGGCCCACCCCAGGACAUCAAAGAUGCCUUAGCAGCCCAUGGCUUUAUAUGUCCUUCAGAGCUGCCCAUCAUCGAAUACUUGCUCCAGGUGACUGCGAAGAUGCACGGAGGUCUGCGGGCCCUUGCUGAAACAGAAACUGUUAAGGCUAAACAGUUUCUGGAAGCGCAAAUGAAUGCUGAGAAUGACCCGGUGGUUGUGAAAGUUGAAAAUAACUUCGAUGACAAUGAAGGUGAAUCACAGAAAGAAGGCCAACCUGCGGACAAUGGGAAGAAAAAGAAGAAGAAGAAACGUCCUAGUGUUACCACCAUUGGCGAGGGAUGGUACGAUGAGGACUCACGCGACUACUUGGCCUUGCUGUUCAACAGAUUUAUCUUCUUCUCCUUCAGGAGCUCUGUCUACAUGUCCUAUCGGCAGUUCCUGAACAUCAGCCUUAUAGUACUAUUUGCGAACAUAUUCAAGUCGGUUGGGUUUGAUCACACGUACGUCAACAUGAACGUCAGCUUUCUGUGCCUGUACAUUGCGUGUGUCUCGAUGGCAUCGCUCCUGAAUGCUACCGUCAAAACACCACGCUUAAUCCGACACGUUGUGCGAGAGCAACGGUAUGCCAUGUACAGCAAGCGUGUCUAUUUCUUGGCAAGGGUAUGCUCCGAACUAACUUACGAGUUAAUGUUCGCCGUGUCGUCGGGCAUCUUUACCUACUACCUGACCCAUCAGCCAAAGGAGGAGAACCGAAUCUUUUACUUCCUUGUGCUUGCGUUCGAGGUUGCAGUCCUGAACCAGGCUUUGGGAAUGCUCAUCGGAACAACAAUUGAGAGCCAUCAAAUGGCAGUCAUGGUGGCCGUUACUGUGUACAUCUAUUCAUUCGUCUUCUGCGGCUACUUUUUCUCUACGAGCGACCUGGCUGUUCACAUUCGAUGGAUGCCCUACACGUCGUACAUGCACUACGCCUUCAACGGUGCCAUGGCCUGCAUCUACGGCUUAAACAGGAAAGAACUAUCCUGUCCAGAGGACUCUGACAGGAACUGUACCUACUCGACGGGGAAGAGUGUGCUUGAAGCAUACUCAAUUUCUGAGUUCGAAUUCUAUAUUGACAUUUCCAUACUGCCGUGUUGCAUUGUAGCGUUGUGGGUGGCUGGAUACCUUGUACUCUCUUUCAGGAUUAAAUGGCGCUUCUAAGGCAGCACAUAUUCUAA